UGAGUUAUAUUGCCAGCCUUGCACGUGUUGCGAAAUCGGAAAUAAUAACCCACUGUGAUAUCGUAUACAGAUAAUACAGUACGCAUAUCAACUGAGACCAAUGCUUUUAACUUUUAUUAUACGUCUAGUAUGACCACUGGAAUGACGACAUAGAACUUGCAGUUUUUUAAAGCGAUCUUUCCUAUCCUGUGAAUCCGGAUUUUGCCUUUUGAGCUACAGAAUACGGGAGGCGGAGUUUGACCUUUACAAUUGAAAUGGAUUCCAUUAUGCUGAAACUGAAAAAUACGAUGUGGAAAAAAUACUACACGUAUCGUGAAUCGCCGUGGCGAGCAGUUGGCCAGGGCAUUCCUUUAUUUGCCCGUCUGAGGAUAUAUAAAUUACGCUGGAUCUGGAACGAUUUCUUGGCGGGAAUUAUUGUGGCGUGCUUCCAUAUUCCGCAGUCGAUGGGAACCGGAAUGGCUGCCAACCUCGGCCCAGUUUACGGCAUUUAUUUGACAUUCUUCCCUGGAUUAAUUUACGCAUUUCUGGGGAGUUCAUACCAUAAUUCCGUGGGUGCUUUCGCUCCCCAGGCCGCCUUGACCGGUGUGGCUAUUGCACGGGCCCGCCAAAUCGGGCAUAACCACGGACUGCUCAAUGUGACCGGAGAGACGGUCACACCGGCUCAGCUGCGUUACGUGGUAUCCUUGGAGCACCUGCACACUGCCGCGAGCAUUACCUUCAUUGCAGGAAUCGUCCAGAUAAUCUUGUCAGUAUUUCAACUGGGAUUUGUCAGCCGGAUGUUCUCGCAUAAUGUCCUGGACCCCUUCAACUGUGCUUGUUCCUUACAAAUUAUGCUCACACAGAUUCCCAAUAUGCUGGGCGUCAGUUUGCCGGCUUAUUACGGAUUAAACAAGCACAUUAUGAUGCUGAUUCUGCUUUUUUCCAACAUUACCAGUAUUAACUGGAAAGACACACUGUUCGCCAUGCUGAGCGCAUCAGUUAUUAUUGGAUUUCGGGAAUUUCUCCAGCCGGCUCUGUUUCGGAAGGUGAAACUCGUCAUUCCUACGGAGUUUAUCGUGAUGGUGGUCGCGACGAUUCUGGCUUACUGUUUUGAUCUGAAUGGCGAUUAUGGGAUUACCAUAUUGGGCGACAUGCCAUCUGGAAUACCAUAUCCGAGCGUACCGAACUUCCAGUACAUGCCGUAUCCGUUGUUGGAGGGUUUCCUCGCCGGUCUGGUAUCCAUCGCUUUCGUUAUGCAGGCCGGCAAAGUGUUGGCCCGCAAGGCAUCCUACGAAGUAUCUAGUAAUCAAGAAUUGGCCGCGGUCGGGUGUGCCAACUUCUUCAGCUCUUUUUUCUCCUGUUUCCCAGCCAGUGUCACCGUGGGAAGAAAUUUUAUCCUAGAGAGUAUGGGCUCACAGAGUCAACUGUCCACUGUCUUUGGAUGUCUGGUUACCGGAUUACUGUUAGCAUUUGCAUCGCAGACGCUUUUCUACUGUCCAUUCAGCGUCAUUGCUACCAUAAUUACUCUGACGUUGGCCAUGAGCCUGAAGAUGUUCGGUGAUCUGCCGCGAUUAUAUCGCUCAUCUAAACUGGAUGCGGUGGAAUGGCUGCUGACCUUUAUUGCGUGUGUUCUGCUGGAUGUGGAAUGGGGUCUGCUAUUGGGUCUGGUGUUUUCCUGGUUUGCCGUUGUCUACAGAUCGCAACGGCCACGUCUUGACAUCCUUGGAAAACGCACCGGCUAUGAUGCUUUAUACGUCAGCAUGAAGCAUGCAAAGCCGAAAGGCGUGGUUGCAGAAAUACCGGAAAUUAGGAUUGUGCAGAUUCUUAACAAUUCCCUGCAUUUCGCUAAUGCGGAGCACUUUCUCCGCCGGGCUGUUCGUUUGGCUAAUGGAAGACCGCAGGAUGAUACCGGGCACAGUCUGAUCACACCGUCCAGCGAAGCGGAUGUCCCUAAAACCCGGGUUGUUACUGUUGACCAUUUAAUGCAAAUCGCCAACUCUCACCAGAAUAAGCCGCAAAACACAACCAUAACCAGCACAUCCAGUGAGCCGCGCUCUUCGACCACACCGUUGGUCAUCAGCGCGCUACCGCACAUUCGCGCCGUUAUCGUGGAUCUGACCAAUGUAUCAUCCGUUGAUUCGACGGGAUUGCGUGCGCUGGAGCAAUUGGCUUCGGAUUUAAAAAAGAACGAUAAACAGCUGUGGAUAUCACGCUGUCGAGAGCGUCAUCUGCACAAAUUCGAAAAGUAUGGCUUGUUGAAAUUUAUACCACGGGAUCACGUCGUACCGGAAGUGCAUGAUGCGGUGCUGGCGAUUCUCCAAUCUACUGCCGCCGCACCGGAAACGGGUGCGACGGUGGACGAGACGCAGCCGAAUCAGACGUUCUGGGAGGUUGCCGGUGCCCAGGUGGAGGGGCUGGAGCACGGGGAUUCCGCGAGUUAGCAUUCUUUCAUCCAUUUGAUCGUUUUGUUGUUGCUGUGACCGUGUGAAUAUGGAUAUGUUCUCGUACACUGUGAAAUGAUACCGAUCGGUGUAAAUACAAUAUUCAUUUCUGGAUGUCUUGUUUUCGCCGAAUAAAGAUCAUAAUUAAAAUUUUAUUUUUCAUUCAGUUUGUGAAAGUUGUGAUGCAAUUUAUUCAAU